UUUCCCUCGCACGCACGACACUCAACUCAAAACACUCUCUCUCUCUCUCUCUCUCUCUUCUCGUCUCUUCUCUUCUCUCUCCCUAACAUGGCAGUCUGCCUCUGCUCCGCCAAGCUCAUCGCCGCCUUCUUCCUCCUCUCCGCCAUCCCCUUCGCCUACCUCAUCUCCCUCGAGCUCUCCCCGCCCACCACCCACGUCCUCCACUACCACAGCUCCGGCUUCCUCCGGGAGUGCGCCAAGUGGGACGCCCCCGGCCGCCGGUUCCUCGUCUCCUUCCUCGAGGGCGGCGUCGGCCAGGUCCUCGUCCCUGACGACCGCUCCCCCGCCGUGCUCGAGGAGGCCACGGUGGUCAAGGACGCCGACCUCGCCGGGAACGCCUCCCUCGGCCUCGCCGUCGACGGGGCGCGGGGGCGGCUGCUCGUCGCCGUCGCCGACGUGAUCGGGAACCGGUACUCCGCCGUGGCGGCCUACGAUUUGUCGACGUGGAAGAGGGCGUUCCUCACGCAGCUCAGCGGCCCAAGUAAGCGGGAGAGAGAGAGAGAGAGAGAGAGAUUAUUGAGUGAAUUGAAUCAUUUUUUUGACGCUGACAUUGACAUUUCCUUUUUUUUCUUCUUUUUUGCUGUUGCGUGGUACGUCGUCUGCAUUUACUAUAUUGGUUUAAUAGAUAUUAUAAUCUCCAAGAAAAGUACGCAUAGAUUUAUUUUUCCGUGUUAUGGAAAGAGGUAGUUUGGUGGAGAAAAAUAUGUGAAAAUUAGCCUAUGAAA